CCCAUUCAAUUCCAUGGGGAGUUACUGCGCAGGCGCGGAUGGCGGCGGAGAUUUCUGCACCGAGGAUGUUAGCGGCGGAGGAGGCCGCUGCAGUCACGGAGAGUGAUUAAAACGUCAGCUUUACAGGAGGGCAAUUAUGACUACUGAAACCUUCGUGAAAGAUGUGAAGCCCGGUCUCAAAAAUCUGAAUGUAAUUUUUAUAGUUCUUGAAACAGGCAGAGUCACCAAGACAAAGGAUGGGCAUGAAGUGAGAACUUGCAAAGUGGCUGACAAGACAGGAAGCAUCAACAUCUCUGUUUGGGAUGAUGUGGGAAACUUGAUCCAGCCUGGGGAUAUCAUCCGACUCACAAAAGGCUAUGCUUCUGUCUUCAAAGGAUGCCUGACUCUUUACACAGGAAGGGGAGGCGACUUGCAGAAGAUUGGAGAAUUUUGCAUGGUAUAUGCUGAAGCGCCUAAUUUUAGUGAACCAAACCCUGAGUAUGUGGCACAGCAAUCACAAAACAAACAGGCACAAGCAGACAGUCUACCAGGAACAACCAAUCACAGCUCCUCCAGCAGUGCGGCUCCUGCAGCUUCUGAUUUGCCUAAUGGUAAUGGAACCAACAACCAAACCAGUGCUGUACAUCCAUCCCCAGCAACUGCUCAUCCAUCAAGUGGACGGAUUACACGUAGCCAGCCUAACCACUCGCUCCCUGGAGCACCAAACUCCAUCAGUAAUGGCAAAGAGACACGGCGGACUGGGAAGAGAUAGCAGUUCUGAUCUCAUUGACCAAUGCUGUAUUCUGCCCUCCAUCCCAAGCUCAUCCACCUAGCUUGUAUCCAGAAAAGAGCUGACUUUUCUGAAAAUCUCUGGUUAAAGUAAGGCUACCCACAGACAUUAGAUAGAUGUCUGGAAAAAUAGGUUAUUUAUAUAUGAACAACACCAAAUAUAUGAUCUGUAGUGGACGUUUAUGGCCAUUUACCAUAGGACAAACAUAUUUUUGCAUCUUUUAAGUGUAUAUAAACCCAAGCAAUAAACAUGUCUGCUCCCUUUUGGUCUUUUAAAUAUAC